UUGAUGCAGCCUUCUCAAACAAAUCAAAUCAAUGCUGAGUGAAAAUAGAAGAGAGAGCACCUGGCAUAGUUGAGAUUCUCACAACAACUUGUUGAACGCAUUCUAACUUGAAGCAUUGAAUCGAAUCGUUGCCAGGUGCAGCAAGGUAUAGAAAAGAGAGAAAGAUCCUUGCCGCAGAGGAGCAGAAUUGCUUCAUUUUUUGCAACAACAAGGGCAUCUCUCGAAAUAGAUCUACCUACCAGUUGUACUUGGUAAAUUGGCGGACAGCACAACACACUCGGUUCAUUCAGUAAGAGGACCGUUUGCCUUUUUUGCAUCUGAAUAUUCCUUGCUUCAUUCAAGUGCUCAGAGUAGCAGCCAACUUUUUUCAUCAUCACAAUUCACAUUACGUACCAUUACUACAGUACAGUACAGUACAGUACUGUCAUAUUCAACCAUGGCGAAAGCAGCAUCUAAUACUAAGGACGAUCAUCAAGAAGAAGAAGAACAACGACAACGUCAACAACGUCAACCCAAUCCGUACCAGAUUCCUCUAUCGGGUCGAUUUUUGGUCUUGUCGUUUGUGUCGGCGGUUGUGACGUGCUUUGCGUUGGGAGCCUUGGCGCGUCGUAUUUUGUUGUUGCAACAUCAUCAAGGUCGCCUCGUCGAAGGAGGUCUCUCUACUAGUGCUUCUGCUUCGUCUGGACAAGAACAAAACAGUUUGCCGCCUCUCUUUGUGGCACCGCACAAGACAUUUCCGCAUACGAGAUACACGUCCAAACACUACGAUACCGGAUUGAGUGUCAGUAGUAAUACACUCUUGUCGCAUCGACAAAAGACAUCCACUACUACUGGUAGUACUCCCAACACUACUACUACUACUUCAUCCAACAACAGCAACACUAGUCCACCCGCAGAACAACAACAACAACAAGAAGAAGAAGUCCACGAACCCGCCGGUCAACACUUGCUGAUUGACAUUGAACACGUCGAUGGUGCCUUUUUGAAUUCCGAACAUCACUUGGCACAAGCCAUGAUUGAUCUCGUCGAACAGAGUGGACUUACCAUGCUCUCCUAUCAUUGUCACAAACUAUUGCCGGCUGGAAUCAGUUGUGCCGGAGUACUGCUCGAAAGUCACGUUUCCUUUCAUACGUGGCCCGUACAAGGAGUCAUUACGUUGGAUUUGUUCACAUGUGGUCCCAACUCACUGCUCAAUUUGCUCGAUGAUGUCAAUUCACUCUUUGCCAUUCCUUCUACUACUGCCACCACUUCUGUCACAACCAAACAACCCAACACGGUCUGGGCAUGGAAACGACGCGGAUUCCCCACGGACGAUGGAUACACGCCUGGAAUUUCCGAUUUGGGAACCACACUCCUCGGGGUACUCCAGUUUCCACAAAAGAAUCAAGUCUCGUUUGUCCAAACACCCUUUCAGACGGUACACAUUUACAAUGUCCUCGAUCCACGAUAUUCCCAUACACAUGCCGAAACACGCAUGUACCUCGAUGGUGUCUUGCAGUCGCGCGAACGCGGUCAAGCCGCCAAUGCCGAAGCACUCAUCCAUCCGGCAUUAUUGACGCAUCCCAAUCCGACUACGGUCACACUCAUUGGAGGAGGUGAUGGCGGAAGUUUGCGAGAAAUUCUCAAACAUAAAUCUGUCCAACAAGUCGAAUGGGCCGAAAUUGACAAGGCCGUGGUGGAAAUAUCACAAAAGUAUCUCUGGAGUCAAUGUCACGACUUUUUGUUUGAUCAACAAGAGAGUUCCAAUUCCUGUCGCGAUGAUCCCCGCGUCAAUUUGUACUAUGAAGAUGGAUUCAAGUGGUUUCAGAAACGAUAUGCCAACAAUAAUGAGACAACAAGCGGCGUGGUAGCACCAGCACCACGACAAGAUGUCAUUGUCCUCGAUGUCCUCAAUCCCGAAGACGAUGUCGACUUUUCCGAAGUCUUUUUUGACGAUGUCCAUUUUGCACAAGUCUGUUUUGAUGCCUUGCAAGACGACGGCAUUUUGGCCGUGCCAUUGGGAGGAGGACGAUCCAUUAACGAUCCACCCGAGUUACUCACGAGAGCACGACGCGUCGCCAAAUUGGUGGCCAACUUGGAAGGCGUCGGCUUUGCGGCCAUUCACGAAUACGAAGAUUCGCACACGGGAAAACUCGAAAUUGAUACCCAUUCCUUCCUCGUCGCAUUCAAGGAUGUCAACGCACGCCGCGAAUGGUUUCAAAAUGAAGCACAAGUUCAAGUCAAACUCCAACAGCGGCUCAUGACACCACUCAAGUACUUUGAUGGAGCUGUCAUGCAAUCCUAUCAAAUGCCAUCGCGGGCCAGUCAAGUCAUGUAUUGUCGGAAUAAUCCCGAUGCGAGUGAUUGUCAUCUACCAAACGAAGUUGAGCUCUGUGACGACCCAUUGCCGGCGCUUUCCAAAACAACUGCGGCGACAGUAGCACAGCAGCAAGGCAUUCAGUUGACGGAUGUCUACAACCCCUUUCGUAUUCGCAAUGCGUGGUUGUGUCCACAGAAAGAAGAAGAAGAGUUUACAACAACCACAACAACAAACCACACGACGACAUUGGAGGAGGGUGAAUGUGUCGCAGGAGAAGGACAAGAAUGCAUGGCGGUCUGAUUGGAUUCAAUUCAUUUCAAUUCAAUGGUUACUAGCUAGAUUGAUCAUCCAGUCGAAAGAGAAAGGCGGAAGAGACACACGAACAACACAACACCAAAGCAUAAGCAAGCAACACAAAGGAAUGAAGGCACGUUGUUAAGAAAACGAUACGGCCUUGAUGCAUUUUAAUUAAAAUAGAUAUGGAUUACAUCG